CGGGCAGGCAGGUCUGGAGCCACCCUGGACUUCGCCAAGCAGCUGGGCCAUUUCUUUGUGGAUCAUCCAGAGGAUGCGUUCGGCUCCAUGGGGCGCCUGCUGCACAAGAACUUCUACCUGGGCAACUCCAGCCUGAAGAGGCCGGCCCGGAGCAGCACCAUCCGGAUGACAGCCCUGAUGGAGGACAUUGACCGCCUGGAGGCCCGGCGCGGCUGCCACCGGCAGCACUUGGCCUCCCGCCUGCGCUGGUUCUCCCACCUGUGCCGUGACUGGCUCUUUGAGGUGCCGCUGGGGCUGCUGGCGGACUGCCUGCACGAGGAGCUGCUGCUGCAGUGGUCUGACCUGCUCUUCAAUGACAGCCUCACAGGGGGGGCACUGGCCUGGCUGCCCCCCGGUGACACAGGGUCAUGUACUGGCUGCCUGGUGUACCCCGGAGGGCAGGCCAUGAACCACCUCUUUUUCCAGGACAUGGUGCUGGAGGAGCUGCCCCGUGCCCGAGGCUCCCCGGCGCAGUUUGAACUCAGCGGUCGCAUCUGGCAGGUGGCUGCAGCCCGAGUGGAUGGGGAAGAUUUCAUUGGGGUCCGCUCAGACUAUCACUGCGGAGUUUGGAGGGUGCCAGGCAGGACAGGGACAGCUCCCACCCCACUGCAGGUCAUCCGUACGGAUGUGCCUGCCUCCUGCCUCACUGUCAGCCCUCACCUUCCCGGGGAGCUGGCAGUCUGCACUCAGAGUGGGACCGUCUACCUCUGGAGCGUCGAGACAGGGCUGCAGCAGCUCCGCCAUGACCCCCAGACCAUGUUUUUUCGAGACCAUUCACCCUGGCGCUGGAGCGACUUCACUGCCCACCCACGGGUGCUGAGCUGUGCUGACCGCACCGGCCUGCAGUGCCUGGAUGCCCGGGCCCCCAAGAAAUGCCACUUCGACUUGUUCAAGGUGGGCGAGGAAGCUGGCUGCCAGCAGGGCGAGCGUGUGGUGCUGCCCAUGUACCUGGGCAGGGCUCACCCCUCACAGUACCUUGUCACCACCCAGUUCUCCGUGUAUGUGCUGGACGAGCGGUUGCCACUGGUGCCUGUGCUGAAGUGGGCACACAUGAUGAAGGCCCCCCCACUCUUUGCCCACCUGAUGCCAGGGGAUCCUGGGAGGACCCAUAAGGUGCUGCUCGGCGCAUCCCGCACCCAGGAACUGUUGCUGCUGCAAUACCGGGGGGGCAGCCAGUCAGCCUGCCAGCUGGCAGGGGCUCCACAGAAGCUGCACAGCAUCGCUGGGUGCCUGCAGCACCUGCCCACCCAACUCCCACACCGCCACCACCUGCUCCAGCAGCGCCUCGGAGCCCCGGCUGCAGGGCUGGCCGCCGUGCUGCAAGAGGAUGGGACUUGUGAGACCAUGCUGGUUUUCCAGCUCUCCGAGGCUGGGGAUGUCUUCUGCCAGAGGCUGACCCACGAGGCAGUGCAUCCCCCUGCACCCACCUUGAGGGAUGAGGCCACAACAGCCCCUGGCUCUUCCCCUCUCUUCGAGGCUCCAGCCAGCAGCCCACUGGGCUUGGGCAGUGAGGAAGAAGAGCAAACGUUCUACUUGCCCAACCUGGAGGUGAUUAUCAACGAGGAGGAGGAGGAAGAGGAGAACACAGGCACACCAGCACCCCCAGAGGAAGCUGAACUGCCCCAGGAGCCCUGUGCCAGCCCCCAGCCCACCCCAGCGGUGCCCAGCCCAGCUGCAGCCCUGCAGUACCACCGCUGGUUGAGGGCUCUUUUCAGAGGCUGCAGGGAGCCCCCCCAGCGCUCCUUGCCCCCCAGCCUCAGCCAGAGGCGCCUCUUCACCCGCAAAGAGCUGGAGGGGCCAGUGGGUCCCACUGCCCUGCAGAGGCAAGUGCGGCAGUGGCUGCGCCAGGUCAUGUGGGAAGGGGGCCACAUCCAGCGCUGGGAGCCCAUGUCCCUCCAGGCCCCUGCCCUGCCACGGCCCCUGGAGCCAGAGGAGGGUCCGGACCCCCUGAGCACCCGUCUGACAGCAGCCUGGUCCGGGGACUGGGAGCGGUGGUGGGAGGACAGGACUAGCUUCAGUGUGGCACAGAGACAGCGGGCUCUGCGGGAGCGGCGGCGGCGGCAGAAACGAGCACGGAGCCGGCGCAGUCUCUCGGCCAGUUUUACCUCCUCCCUCACCUACCAGUCGGAGCUGUCCGAGCUCAGCGAUGCAGGACCCCUGCUGCUUUCACCCGGCCGCCCACACGUUCUCUCCCAGGAGAGCUCCCCUCCAGCCAGCAGCCCCCUACCCGGCAGCCCCCCGGCCUCGCCGGCACCCGACGAAGCGCUGCUGUCCUCGCAGAGCCUGCGCUGCCGCGGCAUCCCCAAGGAGCGCCGGAAGACGCUGCGGGACUACCUGUCGGUGUGGGCCGAGGGGCCCCCUGAGCCACCAGAGCUCCCUGGCAGCCAGGCCAGCCAGCUCUGCAUCCCCUCCUCCCAGAGCCAGCUCUCUUCUGCCUCGCAGACCCGCCGCAAGCGCCCACGCAUGGGCUUCUGAACACCAAUAAACCCGCCUGGCACAGCCUCCCA